AUCGGUUAGUAAUUGGAGGGUUACUUAAUCUAUAAAAGAAUGAACGGAUUCCUGGUUAUAUAUUAUGGUGAAGGACAUGUUUUACAACAGGCUAUCUGCAAGACCUACAACUCCUACUUGGUCAGAAUAGAAGACAAGGACGAGAACAACUUCAUCAGUAAUUUCAUACUGAAUUUUAAAUCUGACUUUGUGGCGUGGUUCGGAGCAAAUGACAAAAUCCAGGAGGGCAACUGGGUUUGGGGUGAUAGCGGGGUCAAGCUGACCUACUCAAACUGGGGAAAUGGACAGCCUGGCUCUGAGAGCGGCAACGAGGACUGUGGGUUACUUCAGAACUACGGCUCGACGUUCAUGUGGUAUGACGCCAGGUGCAUUGAUAACGCCGGCCACAUAUGUGAAAAGUCCGCAUCUGGUGACAAUCUCGUUGGAUAAGCCUCAUUAUGCUUUCCUUGUUUUGAAUGUAACACAGGAACUGUAUAGCUUACUGAAUAAACAUAAGAGAAA